GGAUAUUUAAAUUACCCAUACCAAAUCAAUCCAGACAAACUGUGUAAUAUAAAACAACUACAUUGAGAAGAAUAUAAAUAAACCAUCAGUCUUCGUUAUCACCUUCCUCCGAGCGGACCAUCACAAUGCAACGCACCUUCCAGCAGUUCGAACCGACAAUCUGCUACGACAAACCGGCGGCCGCCAUCGUCUCCCCGGAGUGGUGCCAAACGCGCCGAUCGGCCGCCCUGGCCGGAACCCUGGUUCAGCAGCUGGUGGUUCCACGGAAAUCCGCCAAAGCCUGGAAGUUACGCGCGGGUGACCUGUGUCGGGUUUCGUUGAACGAAGGUCCCCAGGUUGGCGAUUUGAACUUUUGGAAUUUGGACGAUCCUCGGGAGCGGUUCUACUCCGGGAAGACGCGGCAGUUGCACGCGUCCCAUUUGCGGGUUUAUGACCGGCUGUGGAGUUGCUUUCCGUACUUGCGACCGAUGGCCACGUUUGUGCGGGAUUCCUUGGCCGAGUACGGCAUCGAUAAGGAUGGUGGAGCGUUGCACGAUGUGAUCGGGACGAGGUGUGAUGAUUACACGUACAAGUUGAUAACGGGACGGGAACGGUUUGGAAGUUGCCACAGCUAUCUGGUGGAAGCGGUCAAGCAGUUCGGGCUGGAGGAAUCCGAUGUUCAUGAUGUGUGGAACAUUUUCAUGUGCACUGGAUUCACCAGGGAUACCCAGCAGUACUUCUGCAAGCCAAGCCCAGCUCGGAAGGGUGACUUUAUCGAGUUUAUUGCUGAUAUGGAUUUGCUGGUAGCACUCAGUGCUUGUCCGCAAGGUGAUGUAUCUAUCGUUGUUGGACAGGAGGUACCCGAGGAGAAGUGCUUUCCAUUGAUGGUGGAGGUUUUUAGACCAUGAUUUGAAAUGUUUAUAUAAACUAAUAAUACAACAGAAUUAAUAAAAAAAAACGAUUACAAUUCAAAGCUUUUCUAA